CCUCCCCCUCUUCUAAAUUCGGGUACCGUUUUGUUUCGGGGCCACGAGAUCGGGUCUUCAUCGUCUAGUCAUUUUGGUUGGCGGCGCUGUCUGUCAAUUCCCCAGCUUUGUAUGGAAAUGGCCAGACAUGAGGUGCAGGUCGUGCCCCCCGCGAAAUAAAAGAUAAACGGUUGGGCGUCAACUGCCAAAUAUACCGCUCAGAUGACCGCGCGGAGCAGCAGAUAGUUCCAGGUUUCGAAUAAACUUGAGUGCCAAUUCGGCCACGUCGGUCUAGAACAGCUGUCCUGCAUCGUGCCAAGUUCCUGGGCCACAUUGCUUGGCUCCGUCUUGGACACUGUGCAGCUCUGGGCCUCUCAGCGUCAUUGGUGGACCGUCAGCGCUUCCGCCACACCGCCGCAACGAAUGGACGGCAGAGCUCACCGUUGCUCAUCCCAGUGCUGAACACUGUGGGGCCGUUGCCUGGGUCCAUUGCUUGUCGAGCUUGUCUGUCCCUGCCAAGGGACGGGAAUUGGGGCAGGGCAGUUCAUCGCAAGACAAGGGCCCAGCAACAACUGAUCUCUUGAACAAGCCGGAGGGCGGCAGCUGCUGCUCCCUCUGGACUGGGGAGAGUGUGCCUUGUUUUUUUUUGUUGUUCCCUUCCACAAUCUGCCCACCCGGCAAAAUCCACAUGCCAUCAUCGUGCGAGCCCCGAGCAUUGUGACGGGACGUGGCUGCCUCUCUUCUUCUUUCUCUCCGAUUGUCUUUUUAUUCCUGCAGCCUCCAGUUUCGUUUCCCCUGGGCAACACGCAUUGCGUCAUUACUGCAACACGAAGCCCAACUUGGUAAUUCUUCGGCCUACAACACAUCGCGGGGCCCAGAUCACCCACCCACCUUCACCACCCUCUCCCUUCAUUGAUUGUGUUUGCCCAAUUGACGAGCAACCACGCCAUAUCAUUUAUCUCAACACGUCAGCAACAAUGGCGGAUCCUGAUCCACCAAAACGUGAGUCGGCCGGCUUGAGUCCCGCCACCAAGGAACGCGAUGCGCCCAGCACCGCGACCACAACAAGCGGCAAUGGCGACCACAAAGCUAGCUCAAAAUUCCACCUCGAUGUCGAAGACGCCCUGACGCCCGACCCGGGCACCGAGGACAUGUUCAUUGUCGAGAACAACAAGUUCGCCUACUCCCCCGGACAGCUCGCCAAGUUCUUCAACCCAAAGAGUCUCAAUGCUUUCUUUGCCGUCGGUGGUUUGGCUGGGUUGGAAAAGGGUCUGCAGACAAACCGCGAGAGCGGUUUGAGUGUCGACGAAACCUCGGUGGGCUCGUCCGUUGCCUUUGAGGAGGUCGCGCCCAAGGGCGUGCCAAAAUAUGGAUCUCAUGGCGACACUGAACCCACCGUCAAAGGCGACAAUCCGGCCGCCACUGCCGCUGCUGCCAAUGCCACAACUUCAACUCACGAUGCCGGUGGCGCCUUUGCAGACCGCAAGCGCAUCUUCAAGGAGAACAGAUUGCCAGAGAAGAAGAGCAAAUCGCUGCUGCAGCUCGCCUGGAUCACCUACAACGACAAGAUCUUGAUCUUGCUGACGGCCGCCGCCGUUGUAUCGCUUGCGCUUGGUCUGUAUCAGACCUUUGGUGUCACUCAUGAACCGGAGCCGGUUGCACCGGGCCAGCCCCCUGCUGAGGAGGGCGCCAAGGUCGAAUGGGUCGAGGGUGUGGCCAUCAUGGUCGCUAUCAUCAUUGUGGUGGUGGUUGGUACGCUGAACGACUGGCAAAUGGAACGGCAAUUCAACAAGCUCAACAAGAAACACAACGAUCGCACCGUCAAGGUUAUUCGCUCUGGCAAGUCUGCCGAGAUCUCCGUCUUUGAUAUUGUGGUGGGUGAUGUCAUGCAUCUGAGUCAAGGUGACAUGGUGCCGGUCGACGGCAUCUUCAUCAGUGGGCAUGGAGUGAAAUGCGACGAGUCUUCGGCUACUGGCGAAUCAGAUCUCUUGAAAAAGAUUUCGGGCGAGGAAGUGUACAGGAUCCUCGAGGCCAUCUCGAGAGGCGAAGAGGCACCACACGACAUCGAGAAGCUCGACCCAUUCAUCAUCUCCGGCAGCAAGGUCAAUGAAGGCACUGGCACCUUUUUGGUCACAGCUGUCGGUGUCAAUUCUUGCUACGGACGCACCAUGAUGUCCUUGCACACCGAGACUGAAGACACGCCUUUGCAAAAGAAGCUCAACCGCCUGGCAGAUGGCAUUGCCAAGUUUGGUGGUGGCGCUGCUUUGCUCUUGUUCGUCGUUCUUUUCAUCAAGUUUCUUGCCUCCCUCCCGGGCAGCCAGGAUACACCCGACCAAAAGGGCCAGACCUUCCUCCGGCUCUUCAUCACUGCUGUGACGGUCGUCGUCGUUGCUGUUCCCGAGGGUCUGCCACUGGCUGUCACCCUGGCGCUUGCUUUUGCCACCACCAGGAUGAUGCGCGACAACAACUUGGUGCGCGUCUUGAAGGCUUGUGAGACGAUGGGCAAUGCGACGACAGUAUGCUCCGACAAGACCGGUACUCUCACACAAAACAAGAUGACAGUGGUAGCGACAACACUCGGCAAAAGCACCAGCUUUGGCGGGACCGACGCCCCUCUGGAUGACGACCCUGGCAUCAAGACCGAAAAGUCCGCUGCCAACACGGUUCCCAACGUUCCGAUUACCGAAUUCACCCAGGGCUUGAGCAACACGGUUAAGAGGCUUCUUGUGCAGGCGAACGCUGUCAAUUCGACUGCUUUUGAGGGCGAAUCUGAAGGCGAGAAGACAUUUGUUGGGUCCAAGACGGAAGUUGCGCUGCUUGUCCUCAGUCGCGAUCACCUCGGCUCCGCCCCUGUCCAGGAGGAGCGGGCCAAUUCCAACGUUGUCCAGGUUGUCCCUUUCGAUUCGGCUGUCAAGUACAUGGCAACCGUUGUCAAGCUCCCCGAUGGCAGGUUCCGCGCAUACGUCAAGGGUGCCUCCGAGAUUCUGUUGGGCAAGUGCUCCAAGGUUAUCGCCGAUGCCAGUUCCGAGGAGCUUUCCGCCGUGGACAUGACGGAAGACGACCGCGAAAUGUUCGCCGAGACCAUCACUUCAUAUGCCGGCCAAACCCUCCGCACAAUUGGAUCCUCGUACCGCGACUUUGAGUCCUGGCCGCCCCCGGAAUUGGCUGGGCAGACGGAGCUCACAGCGGCUGAGUUCGACAAGGUUCACAAGGACAUGACGCUCCUUGCCAUCUUUGGCAUCAAGGACCCCCUGAGACCCACCGUCAAGAAGGCUAUCGAGGACUGCAAGCGUGCUCACGUCAAGGUUCGCAUGGUCACAGGCGACAAUCUGCUCACCGGUCGCGCUAUCGCCAAGGAAUGCGGUAUUUACAACCCCAAGGAGGGCGGUAUCGCGAUGGAGGGCCCCGUUUUCCGUCGCAAGACCCCUGAGGAGUUGAAGGAGCUCGUACCCAAGCUCGAGGUGCUUGCCCGUUCCAGUCCUGAGGACAAGCGUAUUCUGGUCAAGACGUUGAAGGAUCUCGGUGAAACGGUUGCUGUCACUGGCGACGGUACCAACGAUGCCCCGGCUCUCAAGAUGGCUGAUAUCGGCUUUGCCAUGGGUAUCGCCGGUACUGAAGUAGCCAAGGAGGCUGCCGCUAUCAUUCUCAUGGAUGACAACUUUGCUUCCAUUGUCAAGGGUAUCAGCUGGGGUCGUGCGGUCAAUGACGCCGUCAAGAAGUUCCUGCAGUUCCAACUCACGGUCAACGUCACCGCCGUGGUCGUCACCUUCGUUACAGCAGUUGCCAGCGACAAGGAGGAAUCCGUCCUCAACGCUGUUCAACUUCUUUGGGUCAACCUCAUCAUGGACACGUUUGCCGCCCUUGCCCUUGCCACUGAUCCUCCCACCGAUUCAAUUCUCAACCGCGCUCCCGACAAGAAGACGGCCCCGCUGAUCAACACUCGGAUGGGUAAGAUGAUUAUCGGUCAAGCCAUCUGCCAGCUCGCCAUUACGCUCGUCCUGCAUUUCGCCGGUCCCACGUUGAUGGGCUACGAUAUGACCAACCUCGAUCAGCAAGAGCACAUGAAGACCCUCGUGUUCAACACGUUUGUCUGGCUCCAGAUCUUCAACCAGCUCAACAGUCGCCGUCUUGAUAACCACCUCAACAUUUUUGAAGGCAUUACUCGCAACCGGUUUUACAUCGUUAUCAAUCUGAUCAUGAUCGGUGGCCAGGUCCUCAUCAUCUUCGUGGGCGGUGCCGCCUUUGGAAUCCGCCCUCUCACCGGAAAGGAGUGGGGCAUGUCUAUUGGACUGGGUGCCAUCUCCGUCCCCUGGGGUAUGCUGAUUCGAAAGUUCCCUGAUGCGUGGGCCGCCGCCUUGACUCCUCACAUCAAGUUCCCCAAGCUCCGUCUCCGCAAGAGCAAGAAGAAGGAUGACUUGGAGAAGACGUCGGAGGAUGCUGAAGCGCAGAAAUCAAAGGAUCUCACGACGGAUAGCGAGAGCGAACGUUUUGGCCCGCCAUUGAGGACGCUGACUAGUAUUCGCGGCAAGCGGGCCUCGACACAUAUUCGCCGGGGUUUCAGAGAGUACAUGCACGACAAGAAGACGCAAGUCAAGGACAAGGUUGCCGGAGGGAGCACCACCAAUGUUGCUCCCGAGGGGGCUGCGCCAGUGAAUGGCACAGGAGGGGUUGCUAAGAAGGCCUAGGUGGACUACAAGUUUGGGGAUGCCUCCUGAGCCAGGGGGGGUUUCGAUAAUGGCGGGGUUUUUAUGUUGCGUGCGAAGAAAGGAUACGGACUCGGGAUGAAAUUUUGUUUUUGGUUGACAUGGGCUUAGCAGGUUUUGUUGUUUGGAACACAUACAUACGGAUACCCCUGGUUUUUUUCCCGUGCUUUGCGGUGUGGGUUGUCGGAUGAAAGAGAGAUGAAUCUGGCCGCUGCUGUUUUAUAGGUACUUGAUGGUAGUACGGUUUCUUUUAAUGAUGUCGCUUUCGACGCUUCUUUUCUUGUGUAGCGCCAGCGGAUUGGUAUC